GACUCAGGUGACGUGGCGGGAGCAGCUGUGCUAGACUGGAGGGGAGGAGCCGGUACACCUGUGCUAGACUGGAGGGGAGGAGCCGGUACACCUGUGCUAGACUGGAGGGGAGGAGCCGGUACACCUGUGCAAGACUGGAGGGAGGAGAGCCGCUACACCCUGUGCAAGACUGCAGGGGAGGAGCCGGUACACCUGUGCAAGACUGGAGGGGAGGAGCCUGUACACCUGUGCAAGACUGGAGGGGAGGAGCCGCUACAUCUGUGCAAGACUGCAGGGGAGGAGCCGGUACACCUGUGCAAGACUGGAGGGGAGGAGCCGCUACACCUGUGCAAGACUGGAGAGGGGAGGAGCCGCUACACCUGUGCAAGACUGCAGGGGAGGAGCCGGUACACCUGUGCAAGACUGGAGGGGAGAGGAGUCGGUACACCUGUGCAAGACUGGAGGGGAGGAGUCGGUACACCUGUGCAAGACUGGAGGGGAGGAGCCGAUACACCUGUGCAAGACUGGAGGGGGGAGGAGCCGCUACACCUGUGAAAGACU